AACUAGCGAUGGAGGCCGACCUAUCUGCACUAAUGGACGAUUUUCUCUCUCCUCCUUUCCUCUGCUGGCUGGCCAGAGACGGUCUGUGGACUCAUCCUGGACUGAUACCAGUUUGGGGUGGCUGCUGGACUCUAUUGCCGUGGUCGGCGAGGGCCGUCUUCCUCUCAGCCGCUGGUGCCGGUGUCCUCGUAGCUGGAUCUCUGCUCUACUGUCGGCUGCGGCGGGCGAGGAGAGGAGGGAGCGACAGUAGCGACGCGGAGAAGGAGUGUUCAUCACACAAAGUACGACAGCGAAACACUCUACCUGCCAGAGACCAGGGAGGGUCCAACCACUACGACUACCACUCACCUCCCCCACAGAGUCCCCUCACUCCCAUGGUCACCAUCUUCCCUUCUCGCUACCGCCACCCUCCUCCUCCUCCUACCAGCCCUCCCUACACCUCUCCCUUCAUUGAGGGUACCGAUGGAGUUGAAAGUGAAAGAGCAGUAAUAUCAUUCCUGGACAGCGAUGAUGAAGCAGGGGAACAUGAAACUACGCCCAUCACAGAGACCACACCCCUUGCUCCUCCCACCACUACUGGUAACCAGGCAACAGUAGAGUUCAGUUUGUCGUACACCGGAGGCUCUGACCACUCAGAUGAGGAAGAAGGUCGCGCCCUCACCUGGAGACCAGGAGGGGGACACCAGGAAGAGAUAGUCUCACAGACUAUUGUAACUGCUCUCUAGUCCGCCACUAUAAUAACUACCACAACCUUCGUAUCAAUCUAAACACGUCAUUACCUUUUUAAAUGUCAUUGACUUUACAUUUCACAAUCUUAAAUACCUGAUCAUUAUUUUUCGCUCUAAUGAAUGGUCUUCUUUUUCAUGAUACAAAAUGAUUUUGAUCUUGUAAAUGAGAGUUCCUACGGCCUUUACAUAAUACCUGACACACUAGCCUUAGGUGGCAGCUGGCUAAGAACGUCGUAGCUCUCCGACUCAUCUCCGUAACCGUAAAUUGCCAGCUCCUGUUGCUUCUGAAUGUGCUGGGCGUAGCUACCGGGCAAGGGUUGACUAUUGCAGUCCUUCUUCGUAUGGUCGGGAAACUUCACCGAGACACAAUCGGCCUCUGAAAGUGGGCGGGUCGCGUAGUUUGCUGAGCAGGCAGAACGCGGAACCCAGCGGAAGGAACCCCAUACGCCUUUCCGGAUCAUGGCUACGAACGACUCUGCUGUGUUGGAGAGGAUGCACAGAGAAGAGGAGAGGACGGCAUUACUCAGCGGAGCGAGCAUCUCCAGUCGGGUGUCCCUAUCCGGAGUGCGUCGAUCGGGCGUCGUGGACAAGUGCUACACCUUACCACCCUCCUCUGCGCCUUCGCUUUCCCGUUGCUCGGGAUCUGCAUCGUGAUUCUGGGAGCAAUCAUAGCCGACUUUAGCUCGGGUGCCAA